AUGCCAGCCGUCGUCGCCAACAAAGCCGAUUAUCGGGCGACCGACAGCUAUUUGGGGAGAGAAAACACAGAGCUUGCACGCGCAUUCGAGCAACGAACUUUGGACAAUGCGGUACCAUACCUUCGAGAAGUGUUGCAAUCGUUGCCUCCCAACUUUGCAAUGCUCGACGUAGGUCUUGGGCCAGCCAGCAUCACCAUCAGCAUAGCCAAACUUUACCCCCAAGCUACUAUUAUCGGUCUGGACAUGCCUGAUGCUCUGGAGUUGGCCCGCGAGAACAUCAAAAGCGCUGGGGUGAAGAACAUUGAGCUUGUCGUAGGAAGCGCUCUCGACAUCAAGGCAGUGUCGAAAUACCCAGUCGUCUCUGACGGGUCGAAGAGCUUUGACAAUCUCUCACCCGAGGCAGCCACUCUGUUCGAGCACGGCUUCGACAUCGUCCACACUCAUCAGGUCCACGAGCACGUUCGGGAUCCAGUCGCGCUGAUGAAGGAACUGCACGACAUGGCCAAGCCCGACGGCGGUUUGGUGUGCUGCCGUGAGCUCGACAUGGGACUCAACGUAAUAUAUCCCGAGGAACCCGUCUUUGCGAAGCACAUUGAGGUUUUUAAGAAACUUCUGCUUGCCAACGGAAACGAUCCGUGGGUGGGCCGCAAGCUGGUCUCAAAUGCGCUCAAGGCCGGGUUCAAGCGGGAAAACAUCAAGGCCAGCGUCGCCACCAUCGCCUACUCCACCCCAGAGGAGCGUAAAGGCUUUGCCAGGGUGAUGCACCCCGGAUUCGUGAGCGUCGAGAUCCUAAGAAAGAAGCCCGAGGUGUACAAGGCUGCAGAUGUGACCGAAGAGUUUAUUCGAGAGGCCAACAAAGCCUGGAAAAAAUGGGCCGAGGAGACGGAGGAUGGGUUUGCAACCCUUGGAAGUGGACAGGUUGUAUGCAAGAGGGACGGCUGA